UUCAGAGACUCGAAAACAUCUUUUUGAUGUUUACAGAAACAUCAGCAUAUCUGCCAUAUCAGUGAAUAGACAUAAGAAUAUGAACCUGGAAGGAACACUAGCUCUUACGAUAGUUUAUAUUGUGGCUGCUUUCCUGUUAUGCUGGUCGCCCUAUGCAAUAACCAUGAUUUGGUCAAUAAUGAGUACGACUGCCCUACCACCUUUAGUGACUUCAAUUCCAUCAUUAGUGACAAAGAUUGGAAGUUGUUUUACGCCAUUGAUUUAUCUGAGGCGAGAUCUGAAAAUGAGAAAAGAAGUCAUGGAUACAUUUCCGUGUCUGCAAUCUGAAGCUGAGAAAGUUACACCAAAUCGUAUAGAAAUAAUCCGUGCAUCUUGUAUAUCUACGGUAGAAGUCAAUACGGUGCAGCCGUGACCUAAAUUAGCAGUAGUGAGAACAAAAUGUCUAUAAUGAGCCAAGUGUGUAAGCAGA